AUGGAGGAAACUGAUUGUCUUCUUUCAUCCCAGAGAUCAUCAGUCAGCGAUAUGCCUAACAAUAUCCCCCAUACCUCUCAAGAUUCCGAUUCCAGUUUGGCGCGCAACGAUCCGUGCACUAAUACAGAAGGGAACAGUGACCCCACACCAAUAAAGGUUCUCCAGCAUAUCACUCCGAAUAGACGAAAAAGAAUCAGGAUUUCACCUUUAUCACGUUCCGGGACGACUCUGAAGAAUGAUUCCUCAAGUACAAUGAACGGCCCGGAUGAGGUCAUUCAGUCAGAUCAUGUUUCGACCGCUGACUUUCAUUGUCCCAAUCGCCUUGACCACUCCGAGCGUGACCGAACAGAUACUCUGCGAAAUUCUGUUGUGAAUCUAAGUGCUAUCGAGCCGGAGGUGCGUGGGAUCAUAUUCAAAUACGUACAGUCAGAAUCGGUAAUAUGUUGUUUGGAGCUUGCCGGGUUUACAUCACCUUAUGUGCUUACUUGUUUAGACGAAACCCAGAUACAUCGAGUGGAGGAUUUUGUUGGACAUGCUUGUACGUUAAUGAACUCUGCCUCCGUCCGGGAACGUUUCAUUGGUCCCAUAUUUUCUGAUUUCCCUGAACAAUUUAGGUUCCCCUCAGGGACCGUGUGUGGCCUACUCUUGGCAACAGCAGAGAUUAAACGUCGAUAUAGCUCCUUAAGUAAACCGAACGAGAGCUAUUUGGUGGAUCAUAACACAAAAAACCUUACUGAUGUGUCUGCCCAAACGGAUAUAUCUCUUCCCUUUGCUUCCAGUCUUUCAACAGCAGGGGAGGCAAAUUACAGUAACAAACUUUCUAAUGCAAUUAUCAAAAGCUCCCCACCAACUCAGGGUGCUGGAUCUCCACAGUCCGCCGCGUCGACCUCAUCAGCUGUGAUCGAAUUCCCCAGUACACUGGAUUCAGCCUCAAAGUCGAACACUGAGAAUGUCGCAACGUCGUCGGAUCCAAUGAGCAUGAUGGCCGCUGCUUUCCAAGCGGCUGCCGUAGCCGCAGCUGGAAAUAACCACACGAUACAACCAGCCUUGGGGAGCAAGUCUACAACAGCGGAUUCAUCUACUGGCACAUCUGGAGAACAAAUUUCCAAUCCACUUGAGCUUGCACAGGCUCUCGGCAACCAGUUCCCCGUAGAAAUCACUUCAGCCGCACGACUUGUCGCAGCAGUCUCUGGCUGCGCCUUCUCCAAUCCGUUCCAGCCGAGUCAGACUACUCUCGGACCAGGCGUAAAUUACGAUGAGGAAGUCGUCGACCUGGAUCGUUUGAAACAGCACUCUUCUGCCAGCGCUAUACGAUUGGCGUCGCGCCAGUUUCUCAAUGCUCAUCUCGUUCGUGGUCGUGAUUUCGAUAUGGAAAUGGAGAUCUCAACUACACCUGAAGGUGUAAAGCGUGUUACAGGCAUAUUUUAUUGUCAUUUAUGCCGGGAGAAGCGUGAGCGUACGUCAGCAGUCCGGUUUUCCAUUGCGAGGAAUCGCUAUCCUGUAUUGAGCAAUGUUCUCUCUCAUCUAAAAACACAUUUUCAGUAUCGUGGGCAAUUUUUCACCGGCACAGGAACCACUAUCACUGGUACCUCAUCGAACAUGCACCACCUGACUCCCUCAACAAAAGUUUCUACGGGAUUCGGGGAUGUUAUGCUUCCGAUGGUUAGUUCCUCCAUACCAGGUCUACCUUUUGUCGGCUCCACCACGUUACCGAAUUUCGGUCUGAACGCACCUAGUUAUUUCGAUGUUAAUGUUACUCCGUCCGGUGCUUCGAAUACCCACACCUCUCGUUCGACCGUCUCCACUCCCACUCCUCCGGAUCCAAAUAUACCGGCUUUCAUGCUCAAAGGUGAAGAGCUGGAGCAUACCCGUGAUGAUGAGCAGAAGAGGCAAAUUCUCACGUCCGCAAACUCCGUUUGUCAAUCUCCUUGCGAUGCCCGUGCUAACCAUUCCAACGCAACCUCCUUGGAAUCAUCCGACAGUGUCCCAACCAGCACGUUCAAUCAGAUAGUCGACCAUUUCAGUUCGCAAGCCGAUUUUGCUCCUCUCGGUAAUCCGCGAUGA